AUGGCCCUACCAGAUCUCAACACGCUCUCCCUCGCCCUCUGCAUCCUCUUCACCACCUACACAACAUUUCUCUGCGGCCAACCACCCAACCCGACACCCUACAACUCCAAAACCCCCGACAGCAUGAAAUUCGUCGUCACACCCUCCUCUCUCCUCAUCCGUUCUUCUGUCAACGUCACACUCGGCAUCCUCCAUGCCAUCAUCAGCCUUACCUUCUCGUCGCCGUCACCCUUUCUCUGUCCUAACCCAUCAAAUCUCAACCCCUCGCUGUUUUCCUGGACGCCCAAGAGCACCAUCUCGCUCAUCACCAUCCUCCUCGGCUCCGCCAUUCGUCUGUCCUCUUUCCGUACACUAGGACAGAACUUCACGUUUCGUCUCGCAAAACCAAAGACUCUCAUCACUUCCGGGCUCUACAGUUAUGUCCAACACCCAUCGUAUACGGGAAAAGCCUUGAUUAUGCUUGGAAACCUGGCUUUACUUCAGUCGCCUAGUGGAAUUGUGGGGUGCUGGUUACCUGCCUGGGUCGUGAACGCGACGAACUUUUGGAGAGGGUUGGUUGGUUUGCUUUCCGUCGUGAUGUUGCGUGUUACGUGGAAGAGAGUUCAUGAGGAGGAAGCUAUGAUGAAGGAAACGUUUGGGAAGGAGUGGGAGGAAUGGCACCAGGGGACCAAGAGGUUUAUUCCGGGUUUGUUCUAA